AUGGAUUUCCUAGACAAAGUGGCAAGCUCUGGCCUCCAUGACACCCGAGAAUUCGCCUCCAGCAGUCGGGAUCCCCAGACCCCAGAGCCACCCACCAGCUCCAGUUGGUCGGACGACGACACGCCUCAAGCCCCAAGCCAAAGCCGAUUCAAUCCAGACAUCCCGAUGCCGAGUUCUGAGUUCGAUGUAGAGGAGGAUCAAGAGAAUGAGGAGACCGAGGAUAAAGAGGACGAUGAUGUCGAGUGGCCGGAUCUUGAUGAUGGCAUGUUUCACCUCGAGCGCGAAGACGACAAUCCUGGAGUCGGCCGAGAUUCAGAAAGAGUUUGGGGUGGCAGAGUCUGCGACGGCUCCAACAACGAUCCUGAGUCUCAACCGACGUACAUCAAAAUGGCCACUCUGGACAAGGAGAGGUUUGAAGUCGAAGUCGAUCAACAAGGCAAGCCUCUGAACAAGCCGAAGAUUGACUACUACGGAAAACUACAACCAAAGAAGGAAGCUCCCCCAAAGCACGUUUUGGACGUGGUCAAGGAACUCAAGAAGAUGACCGGCAACCAUGUCGAAAUGGAUCCAAAGAUGAACAAACUAAAACAGACUCAAGCAUUCAUGAAAUCAAAGGUGUUCAACCAUGCUCCGGAGUUGGAGGCAUAUUGUGGGUGUGACGAAAGACACUCACCGUGGCUGUUUUCGCCAGAUGGCAUGAGCCCUUUAUCGGCAGCCAGCCUCAAGGAUGGCGCUGACGCCGCCUUCAUGCUACCUGACCACGACAGCCACAGCCAAGAGGACGACGAUGUCGGCUCCAGGCAGCAUUUGAGCUCAGAGGCUUCCACGUUCAACCCCGACACUCCUAUUAGGCAGUCCUGGCUACAUCCUCUAAGCCGAGAGGUGAAAGUCUCGACGAUAAUAUGA